AUGAAGAAGUCGAUCGUCGUCUUAUUGCUCGGAUUGUCCGUUGCUUCGGCGUUUUUGUUCCCGUCCGCGGGAGGCGGCGGAGGUGGCGGCUGUAAGUCUCGGCGAGAUAUUUCGGCUCUAACUCUGAUCUUAAGGCGGAGGAGGAUGCGGAGGCGGAGGCGGAUGCGGUGGCGGUGGAGGAGGAUGUGGAGGCGGAGGCGGAUGUGCUCCACCACCACCACCACCAUCGUGCGGAGGAGGAUGUGACAGCGGCUGCGGAGGAGGAGGCGGUGGAGGUGGAGGAGGAUGUGGCGGCGGAUGCGCUCCACCACCACCCCCACCAUCGUGUGGAGGAGGAUGCGGAGGAGGAGGAGGAGGUGGUGGAUGCGGAGGAGGAUGCGGUGGAGGAGGUGGCGGAGGAUGCGGAGGAGGAUGUGCUCCACCACCACCACCGCCACCACCACCACCAUCUUGCGGAGGAGGAUGCGGCGGCGGAGGUGGCGGCGGAGGAUGCGGAGGCGGAUGCGGAGGAGGAGGUGGCGGAGGAUGCGGCGGAGGAUGCGGAGGAGGAGGUGGAGGAGGAUGCGGAGGCGGAUGCGGACGCAAGAAGAGAGAAGCCGUCAACGUGAUCGGCCACGACGAUCUGAGCAAGUGCAACAACGAGGAGCUCCGCAUUAUUCUCAACGAGAACACCAAGGAGACUGUCGCCGAUUCGUUGAAGGCUAUCAAGGAGAAGGUGGUCGGACAGGACUACAUCGUCGUCUGUAACGAGAAGCCGACAGUGUUCACUGCCGAGACUGAUGAUUACUGUCAGGUUCAGAAGGAGAAUGUUCACUGCUCCAUUUUGAGAGUUAACCAUAAAGAGGUGCCAGAGAAGAAGGAGGAGGAGGAGGAGAAGAAGAAAGAGGAAGAGCCAGUGAAGAAGCAGGAGGACAAGAAAGACGAAGAGCCGAAGAAGGAGGAAGAAAAGAAGGAGCAGGAGCCAGAGAAGAAGAAGGAAGAAAAGAAGGAGGAAGAAAAGAAGGAGCAAGAGGCAGAGAAGAAGAAGGAAGAAAAGAAGGAGGAAGAGAAGAAAGAGGAAGAGCCGAAGAAGGAAGACGCUGAGGAAAAGUCCGAGAAUGCCGAGGUCAAGGAGCUUGAGCCAAAGAAGGAGGAAGAGGAGACCAAGAAGAACUGA